AGAAGAAGAAGAAAAAGAGGAAGAGGAUGCUGGACGUAUUCGUCAGCUGUUGUCUGAGCACUUUACUCCAGUUUGUAUUUAACCAUUUGAAAACAGUAGCGGAUUCUUGCAGGAAGUUUUCCAAUGGCGGUAAACUGGAAGGUGAAAAUUUCAGACUUUUUCCGCAGUCCCUCCCGAUUCGUGUCCUCCAAAUCGGCGGAUACUUUCCUUGCGGAGUUGCUCCGUGAGCUCCGAGAUGACAGAGUUACCAACAAUACUAAGGUAUAUCUGCUGUCCCCACUGUGUGAGCAAGCGGCCCUCCUCUGUCCUACAGUGUCCAUUGGAGAAGAAACAGUCCUGGAGCUCCUGUCAGUGUUUGCCCACUGCCCGGUUCCAUGGGUUGAAUUUCGCAGUUCCCUCCUCAUCACCUUGACGUCUGUCCUCAUCUGUACCUCCUGUGUGAGCAACAAAAUACACGUAUGUGGGGACUUCCUGGAUCUGCUCCUUCAGAUAGUGCAGGACACAUCCAACUUGCAUGGUGACAGUGUUCUUCUCUUGAGAGCAAUAGCAUGUGAAUGCCUACAAGAGCUGGAGACAUGCUGCCCCGGCCUUCUUUCUCAGCGCCUUGAGCUCAUUGGUGGGCUUUGGACCAAAGAAACCUCGAAACUUCAUCAGCCAUAUGCAAGACUCAAUACUCUGGUGUUGAAAAAUUGUGUUUAUCAGCUUGCCAUGGAUCCUGGAUCGGGUGACGAUUAUUUAAAAUUACUGGUCGGGGAAAAUACAGUUGUCAACUGGGAAGCAGACCAGAGAUUAGCUCAAGUAGAUAAAGACUCAGCCAUUUUAUCCUCCCUAAUAAUGGGCCACAUGGGCACAGUUCCUAUUCUUCAGACUGGGCGAGACUGCAAGGAUUUGCGCUCAGUCCUGUCUACCACUCUGGAGAACUCUUUUCUUCUUUCUCCACUGUGUCAAGCGGCAGUUCUGCACAGACUGAUGGAGGUGGUUGCCAUGGUUCCUGUUGUUCGACCAUCCAUAUUUAGAGCUCAACUUCUGCGCAUGCUUGGAACCAGCGAGGUUUGCCUUCUUCAUAGCACUCUGCUGAUGAAGUGCGCCUACACCGACAGCCUGUUCAGCACUGACGAUGAAGGUUUCAUCCUAAGACGAUUGGUUGUUCUCUCCCAGCAUCCAUUGCUAAGUAAACCAGAGAAGCUUUUCUUCAUGGACUAUAUGCUGCAUUUUCCUGAGAACAGGCCCAUCAGCUGCGGAAAUAACGAAAGUCCACCUGUGCUGCUAACCUCCCAAUUGGCAUGUACGCUAGCACCCACUCUCCUCAAUGAUUAUGCUACGAUGCUGGCCCGCUUCAAUCUGCUGUUGGUGGUAUGCCAGGAGGAGGGUGAAAAAGAUGGAGAGGAAGGCAGAGGUCUAGUCUAUCUCUAUGAACACCUCGGCUUGCUACUGAACAUAAUGAUCAGAGGACACAGUCGUGAGAUUGCCGCCACAUUUUUCAGGGCAGUUUUCCUUUUCCUUGUUUCUUUUUGCCACAUGGAGAGAUAUGCUACCAGUAUUGCAGAAAAACUAUGCACGCUUUAUCAUCAUCAAACCCACUUGGCUCCACACAUUCUCAACUUGGCUGAGCAAAGUUCUGACUUGUUCCCUGAAUGCAAUUGGUCUGCAAGACUCUGCAGGGCCCUGCAGGGCGUUGUUAUUGAGGCGCCGCCUGCUCAGUUCACCCUAACAGACCUCGGUUGGCACCUCAAGGUGCUGGCUCGAGUGGCAGAAGAAGGGCAAAUCCCUCAGCAGACCACGCUCCAACUACUUUCCAAGAUCAUCUUUACACCUUCAGUGUGUCUGACUAGUAACUGGCGUCUGGGAAACAGUGUGCUGCAGCUUUGCCGGCGCUUGAUGACACAUCCCAGCCUGGACUCAUUAUUUACCUCUCUGGCCAACGUCCUGCAACAUCUUAUCUGUUACUAUGGCGACGCAGACAUUCAAGAUCGUGCUCGACUAUAUUACAGCCUCCUGACUACUCUCUCCAAAGAAAAAUUGACUGGGAUUAUCAAGCAGGGUUUGAGGGAGGAAGGACAAAAUAUCAAACACUCGCUAUCCUGCAUCAUGGCAGACACCGAGAGACUGACAAGUGUGCUAACCAUUCAGCAGACGGAAAAACCCGUUUUUAGGCUGGUUGAGUUAAAGUAUCCUGAGCCACAGGAGAGAAACGAGAUAAUUCUGGAAAGUGACUCGAGCCCCAGUGAGGAACAGGACAGCGCAGGACUGGAAGCAUACAGGGCCCAGUUCAAAGACCCUUGCUUUGGCUCACAGAUUACCUUGCACUACCAGCUCAACCAUACCAUGCACAACCUUUCCUGCUUCGAUCAGGUCUUCAGCAUACACCUGCACUUCAGCUUAAUGGAUGACACCUGUGAAGAACUCUGUGACUUCAAUGUGCCCUGUCUUUUUAGAGAGAGACGGUCUCCCGUGGUGAAACUGGUAUUGAAGCCCAGGUUGCCUGUCCCCAUCACUCUCAGUUGCAGUGCCAUCUUCAACACCUUAAAUGGCCUUUCCUGGUAUACUUCACUGCCAGACAUGCACGUUUUAUUUCAGCAAACCUUUCUGCCAUUGGUUGUUCCCACCACUUGGGGAACAGCUGUUAAAUUGGGUGUUUUUAACGACAUUUGGGAUGAAAUAAGUCGGGAAGAGAAAGCAGAUUAUGCUACCACCCUGUUUUGUGGCCAGCUGCAAGCAGAAGAACUGGGCUCCAUUGUGGAAAAACAGUUGCUUACGUUCAUUAUAUCAGAUUCAGCCAAUCAAGCUGAAUUAAAAUGUGUUUUUUUCAUUCCCCCACAAUUUCACAUACUGCUGAAAAUCAUUUCAGAAGAGGAUGCUGUCCAUUUCAAUGUCGUUACAGAUAACUGGCGGCUACUGCCUCACAUCAGUUCUUUCAUUGGUAACCUUUUAAUGUCUUUGCCUGAAAAGGUUACCAGUCACCCAUGAAGUACCAUAUUUUGGUUUGAAAUGAAAAGUGCCACUAUUGUGUUUCUCUCAAAUUUCCGAGAGAACGGAUUUCACAUGUAGAAAGUGAUUUUACACAACAUGCUGUAGUUUCACAUUUGUAAUUAUGCCAAAAUAGUUCUGUUAAAUGUCAACCUUUUUCUUAGUUCAACUCUGAUCAGUUUGAGUUCCACCAACCAUAGAAAGAUGGAAGAAUGUCUGUGUUUAAUGACUGAAUUGGCCAUAUUUUGAAAGGAAUAUAUUAUCAAUCAAAGAUGCAGAUUUGUCACUUUUCGUUUACUAAUGGUUGGAUAGAAAAAAAUGUGCAUAUAAAUUAUUCAUAUUAAAGACCCCAAUAAUACAUGUUUUCAAUUCAUUAUUUAUUUGCAUGCUCCAAAGUAUUGUUCAAACUAUCAUUAAAACUAUUAAUGUCGGUGUUCGGAGGUCUGAAUGUAACUCCUACAAUCACAUUUUAUUCCAUUGCUCUGACACAUAAUUUCAUUGAACAUAGAUUUGGCAUCAAUUUGAUCAUAUAUAUAUGUUAAAGAUCUGGUCUAUCAAUAUUUUUUGUGAAAAACACUACCCCUAUCUCCCAAUUUUAUGUUUAUUGAUGUUUUAACAACAUCAAUACAAUGAUGAUGACUGUUUCCUCUGUAAACCAUGUUUAUGUUAAAGCAAAUGCUGAAGUCAUGUUCUAAGAGUGACGUGCACAGUUUGGUCAGUUUAUUUAUUUAUUUAUUAUUGCUUUUAACAACAUAUUAUCAAUGUCGACUUUUGAGUCAUGCCUGUGUAGAAGGUUGGAGGCAAAAAUCAUCAAGUGUAUGAGAAGGAAAUUUAAUUAUGCAAUCUUUACAGAUCCAAGAAGCCCAUAUGCCAAUUUUCUUUUGAGAAAUUUGUGUCAUCUAAACCUUAUGCCAUCAUCUCUUUUCUCCUUGACUCAUGGGAUGGUGGGUUCACAAUAAGCUUUUCAUAUCUUAGGUUUCAUGAUUCAAUUCAAUAAAAUAAAUGGUGGUUCAUCCCAAAUCCA